AUGUGGACCGAAGAGGAGCACGCGCGCUUCCUCGACGGGGUCAAGCUCUUUUCGAGCGGACCUUGGAAACGCGUAGCUGCUUACGUGGGCACGCGGAACGUGCGUCAAACCAUGACACACGCUCAGAAGUACCGCCUUAAAGCUGCACGGCGACUCCGUGAGGCCCAACGCAAGCAAGCGACGACUCGAUAUGGACUCCGCGCUUUUCAACUUGACAGUACGAUCAAAUCUUCAUCACCUACUCGACAAUCACUACGGAGCCCGUCAUCUUCUGGUAAAGGCCUCGGUCUCGGGUCGUUUACAAAGAUGCGGUUGCCUUGCAGCUGCCCCGAGAAGGACUGUUCGCACACGCCGGACGAGAGCAAGAUCUACAUGUCCAUUGCAGACGCCAUGGAGAUCCUCGACUCCAAGGCACCGUUUCUCGCAGGCUCGCCCGUCUCAACCGAUGACGCCUUCAGCAACUCAUGGCUGGACAUUGGCAAGCUGGACCCGGUCGUGAGUCUCGAGGCAUUUGGCAGCAGCGAACUCAUUCCCCUGGACGCUUCAGCUGGCGACUCCGUGGCGUUUCCAACGCUGGAAGACUGUGCCAGCGAAUUGCUGGAACUGCUCUUUUGA